GACACUAGGCGAUUUAUGUGUCUUUACUUUACUCGUUCGGUCCUCUCCCUAUAUAAGGAAGGCCCCUGUGGGAGGAAAAGCAUUCGUUGCACACUGUUUCGCACUGUACGCAUCCUGACUACGAUCAUGAAGACUUUGUUCAUCCUCGCUGUGUGCUUCGUCCUGGCUCAGGCUCUGACCGACGAGCAGAAAGAGAAGCUCAAGAAGCAUAGGGCUGAGUGCCUGACCGAGAGCAAGGCCGAGGAGAACUUGGUCAACAAGCUGAAGAGUGGCGACUUCAAGACCGAUAAUGAGGACCUCAAGAAAUACGCACACUGCAUGUUGGUAAAAUCCGAACUCAUGACCAAGGAUGGCAAAUUCAAGAAAGACGUUGCUAUGGCUAAAGUACCUAACGCUGCUGACAAGCCCCAGGUGGAGAAGCUGAUUGACACCUGCCUUGCCAACAAGGGCAACACUCCUCAGCAGACCGCCUGGAACUAUGUCAAAUGCUACCACGAGAAGGACCCGAAACACGCCAUCUUCCUGUAAACGCGAAGAAUGGAUUUAGCCGCUAAAUUUGCGCUGCACUAAGAAGAAAACGUCAUAAUUCUAUAAGCUAAUGGAACAUAAUGGGACACAACAUAAAUGCUAUGUAUUUAGAGUAGUAUUACUUUUCAAAAUAUAACUAUAUUCCA